UCUAGGUCCUUUCUGUCCGUGGCCACGAUGCACCAUCCCGCCUGCUGCCCAUGAAUCAACUCACUGUCGCCCUGCGCCUUUGCGAACAAACAGCGCUGCUGGGAAGUAGCAAAGCACGAGACAACACAAACAGUACGGAAAGGUGUAUGCAUCUUAAUUAAGCACACUGGAUCUUCGAAUCCAUUUCGGCCACAUCAGUCAUACUCGCUGACCGAUUGUUUGGGUCCCAAACGGUAACUGCGGCGGCGAAUAGUCCCGAGAUGAUAAAGCUGAUCUCCCGGGCACAUACACCACUUCGUCGACUCCUCUAAGUACUCGAUCAUCAAACUCAUUUGACAGAGUCUGUCCGGCCCAGGCGUUCGCAGGUCUCAGUAGCAUCACCAUCCACCCUGCCAGAUUUGGGAGAGGCUGAAGCACACUAUACGAACCAAACACGGACACAAUGGCGUAUUGUAGGUGGACGGACAUGCUCAAGGAAAUCUGCCGUGUAAACAAUAUCGCGGAGCCAGAGUAUAAGCUCUUCUCGGACAGGCGAGGAGGCCGCACCGCCUGGUCGAGCACCGUAUAUGUGUCCGGCGCCCCGUACAAUUCGCGCUUCUGGUACGACGGCCAGUACCUCCAGAAUGCCCGUGAGGACGCCGCCGAGGUCGCUCUGAAAUGUAUUAUGCCGGUUCUCAUGUGCAGCCCGGCCAGCUCGCCCUCCACGAGCUCGACGACGCCCAACCUCGGAAGGCGGUACUGACGGCCUCGGGGUUGGCCUUUUUUUUUU